CUCGGUUGCGCCUGUGUAGCUGCAUAGCUGUGGUUGUUAGAGUUGUCGCUGCUGAUGACCUCGACGUCGGAGUCCUGCAUCCGCAUCGUCAUCAUUGUGUACAUGCACUAUUCCCGGCUGUCCGAUCGCGAUGAGCCGAAGUAGCCUGAAGCGCCACUCCAUGCCGCGUUGGCGCGCGCUGCCCGGCGGCGCUGCCGUCGGUGCCGGUGCUGCUGUUGCUGGUGGCCAGCGGCGUCCUCUGGCUGAGUGACCGCAGCGCCGCCUUCCGCGCCACCGCGGUGUCGCCCGUGGCGCUGGCCACGGCCCGCCACUUGCAGCCCCUGCAGAUGGCCAGGCGAAUCGCCUGGACCGGUCCGAGCGGCAGCCCUCUUGCAGCCCGUCCAGCCGGCACGGGCAACAGCGGCCCCUUGGUGGCGGCGGCCAGCAAUAAGGCAGAGGUGGAUCUCGCCGGGGAGGAACGUCCGGGGGCGUUCGGGCUGCGGGCGCAGUACCAGCUGCUGCGGCGCAUCAUCAACGACAACCGCCGCGCGCGGGGGAUGCCAGUGGCCGGGCAGAGCCAGGACAGGGCGGGGCCAGCGCUGGCCCAGCUGCUGAGCAACGCCGACCGGCAGGAAGUCUCACCCGCGGCCGAAGCCGAACAGGAGGCCCACUUGCUCCACACCGGCUACAGCCAGCUCAAAAGAUCCCACAGCAUUAACGGCAAGGAACAGGAAGCGGAGAUGCAGCGCGUUCAUUUGCCAACCAAGCUUAAGUAGUCUAUCAUUCCACUAUUAAAGCAGUACGCUCAACCCGAACUGGAAGGGACGCUUCCGCAUGCAGCUCGUAGUUCCGUCAUUCUUCAACUGAAUUCUAAUCUAUGCAGUUCUAUACUCCAUACAUAAUUCCGCUCCGCUCCGCAUCGCAUCGCACUGUGCACUGCAUCCCAGUCAGGUUCUAGCCUAAUGGUAUUAUGGUUGCAUUAAUAUUACAUUCAGGCCUCUGAUAAUAAAAAUCGCGUUAAUCAUUUAAAGAAUCAUUCAUCGAGAUACAAGUAUUUCAUAUUGCAACGGCGACAAAGCCGCAUGACGUAAUAACUCGCGUGCAUAUAGUAACUGCAUUCAUUAGGCGCGAGCGCAUGUCAUUAUUAGCUGCAUAAUAUUGCAUGCUGCAAGUCAGUCGGCUGUUUUAGCAGCGCCUAAUUUAAAUGCUGUAUUUAUUCACUGAUUUUCCUUCUCCGCAAUACUUGCCGAUGAGUGGAAUGAGUUUAAUAUUUUCCUUUCCAUGGUUUAAUAUUUUCCUGACUAGAUUUCAGUUUGAGUGAAUUUAGAUGUUCCAGUAUUAUUCUUCUUUGCUGUAGUUAAUUACUUUUUCCGAUCGCCAUUCACGCCAGCCAAAUGUCCAUUGCAUGCAACUAAGCCUAUUUUCAUUCUUUUUCCUUUCUUCUUCUUGACUUUUUUGCGCGCUUUAAUAUACAUGCGUUCGUUAUAUUUUUCUCGCGCUCGCAAACGUCUUUUCAAUAUUACUACAUACAUCAGUCUACAUGUAUUUUUCUUGACCUCCGUCCAGCGGGCAUCAAUAUGACUAUCUGUAUCUGUUAAUCAACAAUUUCUUAGUCUUUGUCAUCAUGCUUUCUAACUGUAUUCCUAACUGUUCACUAAUCUGUACGCUUCCUCAGCGUUUUGCAUAAUUGCGCAGCGGUCGACGCAUCAUGCAUGCACUAGUGAUUAUUUAAAGUCGACCGGAAGUGCGCGGCAUUAAUGCAACUGUAAGCCAAUCCGACUGGUUCUUGCGAAUAAAGCUGCGUCUGGGCCGUGUCGUGUUGCGUGACCUUUACGGUGCA